CCUGGCUUUCUGCACGCAUACGCAGCAGGCCAGCGCUCCUCCUCCGCAGGCUUGACCGGCCGCUUCCCUCCAUUUCGGAUUUCAAAUCCCCCGCGCCUCCCUCUCCUGCCGACCUGCCCCCGACGCUCCGCCCCACUGCAAAGCCAAAGCACGCGCACGCGCACGCGCACGCCGCCCGUUGCCGAGCGCUGCUCUCCGCACUGCCACCUGCCUCUCGCUCUAGUUCUUGCCAAAGGCUGCCGCCGCGUGGGGUGCCGCUCCUCUUCGUGUUCUUGUGUGCGUCGUCCACCGCAGCUUGGGAGAAACCCUCGUCCCGCCGCCGCCGUUCUCGGUGAGGAGGAACUGGACAGAUGGGAGGGUCCGGGAAGUGGGUCAAGUCGCUGAUAGGGCUCAAGAAGCCGGAGAAGGAAGACGGCAAGGACAAGCUGCAAGUCCCGUCCGUCCAUGGAGGAUUGCGAGGAAAGGGCCGAAAGUGGAAGCUGUGGUGGAGCUCCUCCGGCGACCACGGCUCCCUAUGGCGUGGCUCGAGAGGCGGCAGCCACCGCUCGGCGGCGUCUGAGGCCUCCGACGACGCCUCCUCGGUUGCCGCCCCCACCGACCCGUUCACCGCCGCCGUCGCCACGGUCGCCCGCGCCCCCGCGAGGGACUUCAUGGCCGUCCGGCAAGAGUGGGCCGCCAUCCGCAUCCAGACUGCCUUCCGCGGAUUCUUGGCUCGGCGGGCGCUGCGGGCGCUCAAGGGGCUGGUGCGGCUGCAGGCGAUCGUCCGCGGGCGGCAGGUGCGGAAGCAGGCAGCGGUGACGCUGCGAUGCAUGCAGGCGCUGGUACGGGUGCAGGCGCGCAUCCGGGCGCGCCGCGUGCGCAUGUCCACCGAGGGCCAGGCCGUGCAGAAGCUGCUCGAGGCGCGCCGCACCCAGAUGGACAUCCUCAGGGAAGCCGAGGAAGGAUGGUGUGACAGUCAGGGAACACUGGAAGAAGUGAGGGUGAAGCUGCAGAAGCGGCAGGAGGGCGCGAUCAAGCGUGAAAGAGCUAUCGCCUACGCAUAUUCGCAGCAGGUUGAGGGCGCUGCAAAAUGCAAUCCUCCAAAGCUUACUUGCAAUGGCCGGUUAAACCACUCCGGUAUGUUGCUCAAGCACCAGAAUUUUGACAAGAGCAAUGGCAACUGGAGCUGGCUGGAGAGGUGGAUGGCUGCACGGCCAUGGGAGAAUAGAUUGAUGGAGGAGCACAACCAGACAAAUUCCAGCUCACCAGAUCUCCGGUCGACCAAGAACUUCGAGGAUUCAUUUGGAGUUCUUGGGGAUUUCUCUGAACCGAAUUCAGUGAAGGUGCGCAAGAACAAUGUCAGCAAACGGGUCUGCGCGAAGCCACCAGGAGCAUCACACUCACAGGCCCACCAUCAGCGCUUUAAAGCCCAGUCGAUCUCAUCUCUGAGCACUGAAUUGCACAACGAUGAGAGCUCUGCAUCAUCAUCUUCUUGUUUCGCGUCAACUCCGAUAUCAUUCUCGACAUUUGUCACCUCGGAGAAGACUGAGGACAAUGUCAGGACAAGGCCCAACUACAUGAGCAUGACAGAGUCGAUCAAGGCGAAGCAGAAAGUGUGCAGUGCCGAGAGAACGACGGCUCUGAAGCAAUCGGAGGAUAGGAAAGGCAUGAACGCCGAGUUGAAGGCUAUUCAGGUGUAGUAGUGUCCAUGUAACUCCAUGCAGAGAUGAAGCCAACUCCUACAUCUCGCUAGGGUGUUCGUCAGGUGACUUGCCACAUUCUUGAGUGGCUCGGUGCUGCAUUGUUGAGUUGUCUGUGUGUUUCUUGUCUGAAUGUCUGAUUGUUCAAUGUGUUGUCAGAUUGCCCCAUCUUGGAGCAGUCAUUGUCACUUUGUCAGUGGUAGAGUCUCUGUAAGAUAGUUCUUUGAGUAGACAACAUUGUGGGUUGUUUCCUGAGUGUUGAUUCCUGGUGAAAAGAAGGGAUAAUUUACCA